AUGGCAGACCAGAAUAAUGCUCAGAAUAGAAGCCAGAAUGGAGGCCAGAAUGGAGGCCAGAGCCACGGAGCGAGUAAUCAAGAAAGAAUGGAAAUAGCAAUCAUCGGCACCGGCAUCAUCGGCUGUAUUCUCUCCCUCGGUCUCCUCUCUCACUUCUCCGUAACCAUCUACGAACAAGCCCAAUCCCACCGUGAAAUUGGCGCUGGAAUCGCCUUCACAGCCAACGCCCGACAAUGCAUGGCUCGCAUCGACUCACGUCUCCCGGACUGCGUCGCCGCCGUUGCCACCAUCAACGGCGAUCCCGCCUGUCCCAAUGACUCGAUGCAGUUUGUGGACGGAUUCACGCAUCGUCCAGAUGACGACGUUGGAGAUGACCUCCAUGGUAGACGCGUUUUUACGCUCUCCGCUGGACCAAGGGGGUUUCAAGGCUGUCAUCGUGCUCAGUUCCUAGAGGAAGUCAUGAGGUUGAUUCCCCCUGGAGUUGUCCGGUUCUCGAAACGAUUGGUAUCUCUAUCUGAGCAAGAUGGUCGUAUCAAAUUGGACUUUGCAGAUGAGAGCGUGGAAUAUGCUGAUGCGGUAAUCGGCUGUGACGGCAUCAAAUCCCGUGUUCGCCAACUCCUCCACCCUCACGCACACCCACAAUAUACACAUAAAAUCGCCUACCGUGGACUGAUCCCCAUGGAAGACGCAAUUUCCACACUUGGUCUGGAUCGCGCCCGCACGCAAUGUAUGUACGGCGGUCCUGGUGCACAUCUAUUACAUUUCCCCGUGGCGCAACAACGUUUAAUGAACGUGGUGGCUUUCGCCGGGGACGCGAACGACUGGCCCAAAGACCUGCCCAUGGCUCAGCCAGCUACCCGGGACGAGGCGGCUCGUGUCUUUGAGAACUGGGGCCCCACUGUGCGUGCGGUAAUUCGCCUCUUGCCGGACGAGAUGGAUAAAUGGGCGGUUUUUGAUAGUUUGGAUUCCCCCCCUGCGUCGUAUGCGGCUGGUUGUGUGGCUAUCGCGGGUGAUGCGGCGCAUGCGUCCUCGCCACAUCAUGGGGCUGGGGCCGGGAUUGGGAUUGAGGAUGCGUUGGCGUUGUCGACUGUUCUUGGCUGGGUGAGUGAGGUUAGGACGUGGGAGAGGAAGCGGGCGCUGCAGGCUGCGUUCCAGGCGUAUUCGACGGUGCGGCGUGAACGUGCUAUGUGGUUGGUGCGCAGUAGUCGUGAGGUCUGUGAUAUCUACGAGUGGAAUCAUCCCGACUACGGUUCCGAUAUGGAGAGAAGUCAUGAGGAUGUCAGGGCUAGGUCGCAUCGUAUUUGGUAUUUUGAUAUUGAUGGGAUGCUGCGUGACCUGCGUGACGAGUAUCGUCGAUUGAUCGAAGCAGAUGUUAGUUUAGCAUAA